AAUGUAGAAAAGAUUAUUUUGGAACGGCAUACUAAGUAUGGACAACAUCUGGAAACAUUUUAUGCAGUUUUCAUGCAUACGACCGCAUGCCUUUUCAUGCUUAAACCAAUCGUCCUGACUCUAACAGCGAAUGAUGUCUUCAAUGUGACAAAAUCUUCUAUAACAUAUGCAUCGAGAUUACCCUUCCACGUGGAGUACGGCGAAAAAUUCAAUCAAUAUAUAUAUCCAAUAGCAGUGCAUAAUUAUGCGGCUGUAGUCGCUCAUUCGUUUGCCACAAUCGCCGUUGAUGGAUUGUACUACAGUUUAAUUCAGCAUGCUUGUGGAAUGUUCUCGAUUAUUGGAAAUACUCUGGAGAACAUUGGUAAAAAUAACGAGGAAAAUUUUGACGCAAAACCAAUCAAAGUAAAAGACGAUAAUUACAAAAAAACUUUACAUUGUUUACGUAAACAUAUCAUUGUGAUGGAAUUUGCGGAGCAUAUCGAAUCGUUAUUUACAAAAAUAUUUCUGAUGACUCUUAACUUAAAUAUGAUUGGUAGCAGUAUGACCGGUAUACAAGUGCUAAUGCAUUUAGAUAAAGGCGCAAAUGACAUCAUCGGACCCUUAACUAUCUACGUUGCAGUAUUAAUUCAUUUAUUUCUUCAUUUUCGGCAAGGUCAAUUUUUACUUGACUACAGCAUCCUCCCAUAUGAAUCUAUGUAAGAAUGAAUUCAAGUCAAUAGUCUAAUUACCUAUUUCUUCUUCUCUUUUCUUUUUUAAGUCUUCGAGGGAAAACUCAAAUAAAAAUGUAUAGUU